AUGCAUUUGAAAAUACUACUAGCUAUUGUAGCUUUGGGGGUAGCAAGUGCUCAAGAUUGUGAAAGUUCAUGUGGCAACGUGAAUAUAACUUUCCCAUUUGGUACAGGUGAGGGAUGCUACUACAGUUCCGAUUUUCUUGUAACAUGUGACCGAUCAUCUGGGGAACCCAUGCCAUACUUUGGAAAAAACACAACCGAUAUUGUUAUUUCAAAUAUGUCGGCAAGCAAGAGUGAGGUGGAGAUUAUGAUGUUUGUAGGCCGUGAUUGUUACAGUAGUAGUUCUGUCCGCCCAAACAGAAGAAACGGACCAUCUUUGCGGUUAAGGGAUGUUAGGAUCUCCGCCAAGAAUAAAUUUGUAGCCAUCGGGUGUGACACGAAUGCAUAUUUCCAAGGAAUAAGAGGGAGUGAGUUAGAUGGUACGGGGUGCAGUUCUACUUGUGGUAGAAACAGCCUUCUUACAAACGGAUCUUGCUCCGGAGUUGGAUGCUGCGAAGUAGCAGUGCCAGAAGGACUAAGAAGUUUUAACAUGACUCUUCGUAGCUUUAACAACCAUUCGAAUAUAUUGGAUUUCAACCCUUGCAGCUAUGCCUUUUUUGUUGAACAAGGGAAGUUCAACUUUUCUACAACUAACCUGGUUGAUUUUCGAAGUGUAAGGAGGAUGCCGAUGUUACUUGAUUGGGCAAUUGGAGACUUGACUUGUGACGCAGCAGAGGGCACAGACAGUUUCUUAUGCAAGGGAAACAGCGAAUGCGAUCAAGAUUAUGGAGGUCCCGGAUAUCGUUGUCGUUGUCUUGAAGGUUAUGAAGGCAACCCAUAUGUUGCAGAGGGGUGCAAGAAUAUCAAUGAGUGUGAACGAGGAAUUCAUGAUUGCGAUCACGAUGCUCAAUGUGAUGAUACAGAUGGAAGUUAUGAGUGUACUUGUCGAAAAGGUUACUCUGGAGAUGGUAGGAAAGAUGGAACAGGUUGCACGCCAGAUCAAUCCACCAUUAUAAAGAUAGUUGUAGGCACAUCAGCUUCUGCUAUAUUUCUACUUAUAACUGUCACCUGGUUGUACUUGGUGCUCAAAAGGCGAAAGCUCGUGAUGCUGAGAGAAAAAUUCUUUAAACAAAAUGGUGGAAUAAUGUUGCAGCAACGAAUUUCUGGAAAUGGGGGUUCUCGUGAUCAAGCAAGAGUCUUCACGAUAGAGGAGCUAAAGAGGGCAACCAAUAACUACGAUGAGAGCAGGAUUAUCGGCAAGGGUGGCUAUGGCACUGUUUACAAAGGAGUUCUUUCUGAUAACAGAAUAGUUGCCAUAAAGAAGUCAAAACUAGUAGAUCAAACACAAGCUCAGAUAGAGCAAUUUAUAAAUGAAGUGGUCAUCCUGUCCCAAAUAAAUCAUAGGAAUGUGGUGAAGCUGAUUGGGUGUUGCCUUGAAACAGAAAUCCCGUUAUUGGUUUAUGAGUUCAUUCCAAAUGGCACACUCUCUGAUCACAUCCACAACAAAGGGAAGUCGUUGACUAUGACAUGGGACAUCCGACUAAGAAUAGCAACGGAGACAGCUGAAGCACUUUCAUACUUACAUUCUGCAGCAUCUGUUCCGAUCAUCCAUCGAGAUGUCAAGCCAAUGAAUAUACUUUUGGAUGAUAACUAUGUAGCAAAAGUGGCUGAUUUUGGAGCAUCUAGGCUAAUUCCUAUUGAUCAAAUUGAGUUGGCUACUAUAGUGCAAGGAACACUAGGCUACUUAGAUCCAGAGUAUUUACAGACAAAUCAACUCACAGAUAAGAGUGAUGUUUAUAGUUUUGGAGUAGUACUAGUGGAACUUUUAACCGGAAAAAAGGCUCUUAGCUUUGAUAGGCCAGAGGCAGAGAGGAACCUAGCUGUGUAUUUUCUAUAUUCUUUAAAAGAGGGGAGGCUCUUCCAAGUUCUGGAUGAACGCUUGCAGCUAAAUGAUGUUCCUAGUGAAAUCGACCAAGUAUCAAGACUGGCACAAAGAUGCUUACGUGUUAAUGGCGACGAAAGGCCUACCAUGAAGGAAGUUGCAAUCGAGCUCCAAGGAAUAUUGGCUUCAAUGAUUCAAAAACAUCCAUGGGUGGAAGGUAGUCCAAACGAAGAUGAAGGUGAGUAUUUACUCAAAGAAUUAACCAAUGACCAUGAAGGUACAAAUGGCGGCAGUGUAAGCAAUGUAAGCACUAGCACCUUCGAUAGCAUGAACAAGCAUACUAUGCUGCCCAUUUCUAGUGGCAGGUGAAGGUAGAGAUUUGUAUCUACCAAUUUGGAACAAACUCGAUCUUGUAUGGUGAGAAAUGUAGCCCAUUUGGGUGAGGUUUGUUACAGAUAAGUUUAAUAGUUGUCUUCUGCUGUUACAGUUUGUUAGGAAGUCAUAUAGUUUGUAUA